GAUUCUGUUUAAAUAUUUUCACAUUUCAUCAGCAAAAAUGACUAAACUUAGAAUGCAGUGCUGCAGAUAAUUUAAUAUUAAUUUAUAUUUUAAUGUUUUGUCCUCCUAUGAUGUAAAAGCUCAGCGCUGUUUACUUCCACUUUUACUGUUUUGGACUGUCAGCUCUCACUUCACUUCCAGCCUUCAGACGAGCUGCAGCCAUGUACAUCUUGGCUGUCUUUGUGUGGAUUUUGACGGCUUUAGCUGGAGUUCCACAUGCCAGCAGAGAAGAUGGGCCUUCGUUUCCAGUGGCAACCAAUGGACAACCGUUCCCAUGGAACAAGAUGAGGCUUCCACAGGCUGUGUCGCCCCUCCACUAUGACCUCCUCAUCCACCCCAAUCUCACUAGCUUAGACUUUUCUGGAAGUGUGAAGAUCCAAGUGGAGGUCCAUGAAGAAACCAAUGCCAUUGUACUCCACAGCAAAGAUCUCAACAUUACCAAGGCAGCACUGCUGGGCUCAGCUGAAGGUGAAGGUCAGAUUGUGAAGGUGCUGGAGUGUCCGCCCUAUCUGCAAAUCGCUCUUGUGAGCGAUAGCGCAGUGCUGAAGAAGGGUGGCAUUUACUUUAUUGAGCUGGAGUUUGUAGCCAAACUCUCAGAGAGCUUCAACGGGUUUUACAAAAGCACGUACCGGACCAGGAACGGAGAUGAGAGGGUUCUGGCCUCCACCCAGUUUGAGCCGACCAGCGCUCGUGCAGCCUUCCCCUGUUUUGAUGAGCCGGCCUUCAAAGCUAACUUCUCCAUUCGCAUCCGCCGAGAGAGCAGACACAUCUCCAUCUCCAACAUGCCAAAGCUGAGGACGCUGGCGCUUCCUGAUGGCCUGUUUGAGGACCAGUUUGACAUCACUGUGAAGAUGAGCACAUACCUGGUGGCCUUCAUCGUUUGUGACUUCCUUUCCAUCAGCAAGAACACUGAGCAUGGGGUCAAGAUCUCCUUGUACACCAUACCAGAGAAGAUAGACCAGGCCGAGUUGGCACUGGAUGCUGCAGUGAGGCUGCUGGACUUCUAUGAUGAUUACUUUGACAUUCCCUACCCUCUCCCUAAACUAGAUCUUGCUGCAAUACCAGACUUCCAGUCGGGUGCUAUGGAGAACUGGGGACUGAGCACUUACAGAGAGUCCACCCUGCUCUUCGACCCCCACAAGUCUUCCGUCUCUGACAAGCUGGACAUCACUACAAUCAUAGCGCAUGAGCUCGCCCACCAGUGGUAUGGUAACCUGGUGACAAUGCAAUGGUGGAAUGAUCUCUGGCUGAAGGAGGGAUUUGCCAACUUCAUGGAGUUUGUAUCUGUUAACAUCACGAACCCUGAGCUGCACGUGGAAGACUAUUUCUUGGGAAAGUGCUUUGAGGCGAUGGAGGUGGAUUCUUUAAGCUCCUCCCACCCUGUGUCCACCCCUGUGGAGAACCCAGCUCAGAUCCAGGAAAUGUUUGAUGACGUUUCUUAUGAAAAGGGUGCUUGCAUUCUGCACAUGCUGAGGGAGUUCCUGACCCCUGAUGACUUUAAAUCUGGCAUCAUUCAGUAUCUGAAACAAUACAGCUACCAGAACACGGUCAACACUCACCUGUGGGAAAGUCUGACCACUAAGCAGCACUCUGAGGACAAGCUAGAUGUCAAGGUGAUGAUGGAGGCAUGGACACUGCAAGAAGGCUUCCCCCUCAUCACAGUGGAGGUCAAAGGUCUCCAAGUGCAUCUACGUCAGGAGCGGUACCUGAAGGGCAAGGACCCUUCCCGAACCUCAGGGUUUCUUUGGCACGUCCCACUGACCUACGUCACCAGUAACUCGGCCGCCAUCCAUCGGUUUCUGCUGAAGACUAAGACAGAUGUGCUGUACCUGCCUGAAGAGGCGGACUGGGUGAAGUUUAACGUGGACUUGAGCGGAUAUUACAUUGUCCACUAUGAGGGGUCGGGCUGGGACGACCUCAUCACUCUGCUCAAACACAACCACACCGCCCUGAGCAGCAACGACCGGGCCAGCCUCAUCAACAACGUCUUCCAGUUGGUCAGUGUGGGGAAGCUACCGCUGGACAAAGCUCUGCACCUGUCGCUGUAUCUGUGCCACGAGACGGAGAUCAUGCCUGUGAUGCAGGGCUUCAGUGAGCUCAUCCCACUCUACAAACUGAUAGAGAAAAGGGACAUGGAGGCACUGGAGAAUCAGAUGAAGGGCUACAUCAUGCACCUGUUCCAUGGGCUCAUAGACCGGCAGGCGUGGACUGACGACGGUUCAGAGUCUGAGAGGAUGCUGCGCAGUUACCUUCUCCUCUUUGCCUGCUUGAGGGGUCACCCGGCCUGCGUCUCCACUGCCACCCAGCUUUUCAACAAGUGGAAGGAGUCUGACGGCAAUAUAAGUCUCCCUAACGAUGUCAGCCGUGCAGUAUUCACGGUUGGUGCUCGCACUGAGGAGGGCUGGGACUUCCUGUUCAAGAAGUACCGCGAAACCCUUUCCACGUCAAGGAAAAGCUGCAUCGAAUCUGCCCUGUCCUCCUCUCCACUCACUCACAAACUCAAAUGGAUGAUGGAGCAGAGUUUGGAGGGGUCGCUGAUGAAGACGCAGGAUCUGCCGUAUGUUGUGACAUCAGUCAGCAGCAACCCUAAAGGCUAUAAACACGCCUGGGACUUCCUCAGGGCCAAUUGGCACUCGCUGGUGAAGAAGUUUGACCUGGGUUCUCACUCCAUUGCGCACAUGGUAACAGGUGUGACCAGUCAGUACUCCACCAGAGAGAUGCUGGAAGAGAUUCGGGGAUUCUUCGGUUCCUUAAGUGCUGAGACGGGCGCUGAGCUGCGCUGCAUCCAGCAGGCUCUGGAGAAUGUGGAGGAGAACAUUCGCUGGAUGGACAAGAACCUCCCUCUGCUCCAAGCCUGGCUGAAAAAGAACCUUCCAGAACCAGCCCAGCUAGACGACCAGUGCAAAUACUCAGAGCUGUGAAAACCUUGACCACACUAGACCUGACCUGACCUGAGCCAACAUCUUGUAUUGAAUGACUGAACCAAGAAGCUACGAACAUUGUGCUCCAUAUGUUAAAAUAAUGCCUGCUGAAUGGUGAAGUUUGCUGAAACGGUUAUUGGUUUGAGGGACACACUGCUGUUCUUAACAAUUCCACCAUUUCUUUCAAAAUAUCUACAUAAUUGAAGAUGUAAACAAAGUCAACCAGAGUGGUUUGGUGUGAAAUGCUCUGUUCUACAGGAACAUACAGUAAAAAUUGUUUACAGUGGUGGUGAUAGGAACCAGACGUCCACCUCUAACAGCUUCCUCACAGAAAGUUAUUAUAUUAAAUGCUUAAUUGUGCAUUCACACGGUAGACUAGCUUUGGUGGCUUGUGAUACUGUAUGACAGACUGCUGGAUAAAAGUAUGGGCUUGUGCUACUGUUUUUAACUAUGCUAACAUACUUUUGUCCAUUUCUAUAGAUAACAGUGUGUCAUACAAUGUCAGAAACCGCAUAAAGAAGACUGUUAGAGGUUACUGAACAAAUCCACAUAGUUUGAGGCAAGUUUAAAAUAAUUUAGACAUGCAGUUUACAUGAUGCUAAAUGACUAAUUACACAUAAGCCUCCAUUGCUUGUUAGCUACAUUAGCCUCAUAUCUCCCGUGAAAAAGAAGCAAAAUGUGAUUUUUCAUCAACUGUUCUUGAUUUUCUCACCUUUUCUGUGAUGAAAUGCAGGCUUUUAACAUACACAUUCUGGAGGAGGGUGGGUUGAAAAUGUCUCUUGUGGUACACCACAUGUGCUGGUCCUCAUUUGAGGAUGAAUUUUGUUCAGGGUAAAACUGUGUUGUAGAGAACAUAGUUCUGGGUAGCUUUUAUUAUUAUUUAAUUUUCUAUUUAUUAUUUUUUGUCAUACGUCUCUGAGACACACCAACAUCAACUACUGUUUUUUGCUUGUUUAUGUGUUAUGGGUUUUCUUUUUCUUUCAGUUUUCUUAAUUUAUCAGUUUUAAAAGCACCUUCUGGAAUGUAAAUCUUUAUGCUGAGAUAUGAAAUAAAACAUUUGGAUGGGUUUAUAUUUGUAAAAUAU